AUGUUCACUAAGACUGUUGUUGCCCUCGCCCUCGCGGCCAUUGCUGCAUCUGCUCCUUCUCAACCAGCCUAUGGAUAUGCUCCUCAGCCAAACUAUGAGGAGGCCCGUGAUGGCUACGAUACUCAGGGUUCUUACUACGUCCUUCUUCCCGACGGUCGUCUGCAGAAGGUGGCCUACACUGUCAACGGUGACUCCGGUUACGUGGCCGAGGUCAGCUACGAGGGUGAGGCCCAGUACCCCGAGUACAAGCCUGCCUACAACUCUGUACCUGCCUACAAACCAGCACCUGUUUACGCCUAA